AUGUUGGAUGAAAGUAUUUUGAAGCCUGAAUUUUUCGAGAAGAAUCGUCAAACUUGCAUGAAGGUAGCGAAGGAUCCGUAUUUCGAUAUUGAUAUGGUGGUCGGUAAGCCGUGGAGAAUUUAUUAUACUUGGAAUUUAAAAUUGGAUACUAAGUGCUUGGAUAUGGUCAUCAAGAAUGCUACUCGUGGGAUUAUUAAACGAAUCUGGUCGGAUAUGAACGAGUACUUGGAACAGCAGCCGACAUGGGAAGCGGCGACGCUACACAUGACAAUGGGAUCUGCAAAACAUGAAGUUCUACUUUUCGCUGACAAUGGACCAGCUGGAGCUUUCUUAGCAGUUCCUAAUGUUAUCAGAGAUGGCAAUAUUAACCCGUUACACAAAACGGUCCCACUUCUUAAGUUUCAAAUGAAAUUACUUCGCGAAGGCAAGUUCCUCCUGGUGAUGGAUUGUCACGUUGGUGGGGCGUCCCUUGCAGCGUGGUCUGAUCGUCCACCGUACCGUUCAGAGAUAGCUGCUGAAGCAGCUACCUUGAACAUAGGAGAUGGAUAUCCAGCUUGCACCAAGGAAAGGAAUAAAGAGGAACAGUUUUUUGUUAAAUAAAUAUUUUACAUUGAUAUGAAUUCCCGCAGUAAUAAAAUGUUGUAAUAUAUGGUAAAUUUUGUU